UUACGCUCUUCUUUAUUAUCGUUGGAUCUAUUAGUCUUAACUUCUGUUCUCCUUAAUUUGUGUAGCUACUUCAUCGAGUACUUCUCGUUCCGUUCCUUCUGACCAUGAUUUGUUGGCUAUGGCAUCGAGGAGGAAAAGGAUGCCCUCUAAAUUAUCAGCAAAUCCUCCAAAGGUCCCCAAAUACCCAAUGCCUGAUACCGCUACCACUCCUGAUACCCCUAACGCGGAACAUGGGGUUGAUAUCCGAACGAAGCCGCCACAAGUUAUGAACUUAUCACUUUCCUCGGAAUUCUGUGAAUUGAAGGACACUCUGAUUAUGAAAGACGAGAUGGCCCAAUUUCAAUUGGCCUCUGCUACUUCCUUUUUUGACUGCUUGCCUCCUACCGGUGUCAUUGCUGCCUCCUCCGCUUAUGCGUUUCAGGUGCUGAUGGACCACCAUGCUUAAUGAACUCCCUUCCUUUUUUCUUUUGAUUAAACUGUCUUGUCUUUUUUCAGAGUAUUCAAGCGAGCCUUGUUGCUGCUGCUCGUGUAUCUUCAUUAGAGAAAGCCGUUGAUGAAUUGAAACAGAAGGAGACUUCCCUAGUAUCUUCUCUUGAUAAGAGUGCAAAGUUAGUUCGAGAAUUGGAAGACAAAAUUUCUACUCAAUCUGCCCAAAUUCUGCAGCUCAAUGCCAGAGUCAAA